GCGCACGCCACCAAUCCCGGAUAUUGGCUUCAUCCUGUCGCGAUAGUCCAUCCGAACGGGCACCACUCCUCCGCCCGUCCCACGACGAAUUGGCCUGCCCGCGCGCCGCCAUGCCAGCAUCUCAAAGCCCCACCAACGCCGCCGACCGGCCUCGCCUUACCGAAGCCCAAAAGAAGGAGAACCACAUCCGCUCCGAGCAGAAGCGACGCGAAGCAAUCAGGGAAGGCUUCGACCGACUCGCCUCCAUCGUACCGGGGCUCGAAGGGCAGGGCCGCAGCGAGGCUGUAGUGCUGGGCGGCGCAAUAAAGCUCAUGCGCGAGAAGAUCCUCGAGCGGCAGCAACUCAUACAAGAUGCAAAAGCAAAGGGCAUCGACACAACCGGUUGGGAGCUGGACAAGGAGACAAUGGAGGCGUGCGCAAGGCAGCUGGAGAGGACCCUGGCUGAAGACCGCCAAACCGGCAACGGCGAUGAGAAUGGGACUGAAUUGAACAAGGAUUAAAAACACGCACGCUUCAGAUCACAUCAGACACCAGUCGCUGAUAUUGCGCUAUUGUGUGCAAAGGCCUGGGUUUCUUUACAUCGCACACAUGGAGCGAAUACCACGGGGGGGGAACGCCUUGUACUUUGAGUUGGCAAAGUAACUAAUAACCGUUCCUCCACAUUCAACGUAGUUUAUCCAGUCGAACGAGGACGGCUGCAUAUAACCAAGCUGUUCUCAAC